GGAAGUGGAAGGCCAAUAGCCAAGAAGUGCAAUGAAGACAGACCUAUAAGAAGAGGAAAUUCAGCAGCUAAGCAAGAAAGGCGUUUUACUAUAACUAAAGGUCUCGCAGAAGGGAAGGAGGGGGAAACAGCGCCGUAGGAAGAAUAAGAGUAUGAUCUAAGCCAGCUCCUCCUUUCUCACUGCCUCCUCCCUUCACUGGAGUUUUGUAACUUGCAGGGUUUCCGUGUCCUGUGACUGAAGUCAGGUGGUUCCCCUCUUCUCCUUUUCUCCCCCCCCCCCCCUCCCGUCCCGUCUGUAGCAGAAGCACCUUCCCGCCGAAGACAGAAGUGGGACAAAGAAAGUUUCUUUAGUAGUACAGACAGGGAAGUCACCAAGCGACUGGCGGCCAGCCAGCCUUUUCCCGCUCCCUCUUGUCUCCAGGCUCCCUUGAGAGGACGAGAAGCGACUGGGAGGUUGCAGGCAGGCAACAUGAGAAUGGCAGGAGGGGAGAGAAGCGGCGGGGGUUCCACUGGAGCGGGGGAAUGCCGGGAACAUCUCUUCAAAAUCCUGGUCAUCGGUGAGCUGGGCGUGGGCAAGACGAGUAUUAUCAAGCGUUACGUCCACCAGCUCUUCUCUCAGCAUUACCGGGCCACUAUCGGCGUAGACUUCGCCCUCAAAGUUCUCAAUUGGGACAGCAAGACCCUGGUGCGGCUGCAGCUUUGGGAUAUCGCAGGUCAAGAACGUUUUGGCAAUAUGACCAGAGUGUACUAUAAAGAAGCUGUAGGUGCUCUUGUUGUCUUUGAUGUUACAAGAGGCUCAACAUUUGAUGCAGUGUGCAAAUGGAAACAAGAUUUGGACAGUAAAGUGCUUCUCCCAAAUGGUAACCCCAUCCCUGCAGUUCUUCUUGCCAAUAAAUGUGACCAGAAAAAAGAUGGUGGGCAGAAUCCUUCCUCAAUGGACCAGUUCUGCAGAGAUGGAGGCUUUAUUGGGUGGUUUGAAACCUCUGCAAAGGACAAUAUCAACAUUGAUGAAGCCACUCGGUUCUUGGUGGAACACAUCCUUGCAAAUCUCAAAACCUUCCCUAGUGAAGAGAAUGAUAUAGGGAAAAUAAAGCUGGACCCAGAUCCACUGAAGGCAGAAAGUAAAUCACAGUGCUGUUAAUAGGACUGUUAUGCGUUAUUGGCAUACAAUGAGAGCGGCUCCUCUCAUCUGGCUGCUGAUAUGGUGCUGAAUCACAACCAUCCUAGUGGGAUAUUGGUCACAGUCCAGGGUGUUUACACACUUCUUUUUUUCCCCUUGUUAAGUAGGACUUCAAAUUAUUUUGAUUAUGAACUUGGACUGCCUAGCACAAUCAGAAGAUGGCCACAGACAAAAAGAGGGUAAUUAUUCAUCAAGGAAUAGUCAACAAGCAUUGCCAUGAGAGACUCAGCCUUGCCGUGCCGUGCAGCUUCAGAAAUAGAAUAGGAAUGUUGGUGUGAAUGAAAGUGUUCAUUCUGAUAAGCAUUUUUUUAAUCAAGUCCCUUUAAUAUAUGUAAACAAUUUACUAUGGCUGGCCAUUUGUCUUCUGUUCCUCUUCAAUACUGUCUUUAUUUGGCAUCAAUACCACAAAAUGCUUAACAGCCAAAAUUCACAGAUUCUGGGUAUUAUAAAAUGGAUAUGUAAUAGCAUGUAUUCCUGAUUUAUGGUGUACUUCAACUGUAGAAUAAUUCUUUGGAAAGAAGAUGAAGCUGGUGGAAUGGAGUGUUGUUGACAUUUUCCAUCAGAUAAUAAGUUACAAACUCAUCUCUGACUUCUGCAUGAAUACUAGAAAGUUUAAGUCCUAGUCUGCAUAUCUAAACCUUUCAAAGACCAGUCAGCUGUUACUGCACAGGUAUAAUCUUUGGUUAAAUACUUAUAAUAGGCUGGAGUGAAUAAUGGCAUUAAUAUACUCUUUUAGGAAACCAGAGGGAGACACAAGACUGUUUCUAGACUUGCAAUUUGUAGGUAUUGGUCCUCUUUCAGUCCUCCUUAAUAAUGCUGCUUUUGUACUCCCUUUCUCUUGCCACUUUUAACUGUUUUUAACACAAGGAUUCUGACUUUAUAAGGGUGUCACAUUUCAUGUAACAGGAGAUCUUGCAAAUUUUGUAUGUAAUCCAAAAUGAUGUAAAGGUGGGGAAAUGGUGUGGAGUAUGAAUCUUGUUCCUAAAAAAGUUAUGUUGAUUGCUUGCUGAUAGUAGUUAUGAUUAUUUGGGAAACAACUUUGGGGGGUGGGGGACCUAGGGACACUCUCAUUGUACAUUAUAGCCUAAACUACUUGGAAUACUAUGUUGUACUCAGCACAUGGUCUGCUGUAGUAAUCCAGCUGCUAUGAAUUCUAAAAUACCUUCUUUUGGCCUAACAUUCUUAAGGCUUAAAUUAAGUCACAAAUCCUCAUUAUGUGCCCAGAAAGGGAUUUGUUAAGAUUUCUGAUGUCAGAAGUGUUUUAUAGUGCAUAUGCACAGAUCUAAAGUUUUUAUAAGGUACAUUUAAGACACUUUGUCACUUAAGAACAGAUCCAGCAAGCUUCUCCUUUACUCCCUCCCCCUCUAACCUGUGCUAAUCUUGUUGAAACCAUAAACACUUCUAACUUCCUUAACUGUUUCAAAAAGUCUGUCAACCUAAUAUUUUGAAUGCUUUUAGAACACUUUGGAUCCAAACUCUGAACUGAGCACAAGUAACUCUUUUGGUUUUAAAGAUCGAGCUUUCUCUUCCAGAAAGGAAUGAAAAAUAAAUAUUGAGAUUGAAAAAAUGAA